ACCAACAACUCAAACGAAACGAACGCGAACGCGCGCGCGAGAAAAACAAACUAGAAUAGAAUAGAACAAAUUAACCUCUCCUUCCUCCCCACUGAAAAUAUAAAAAGCAGGGGGCCUAACCUUAUCCUAACUAUAAACAAUAAUCGAAACAACGAAAAAUUUGAAAUUAACAGCGAAUGAGUAAUACCUGAGCGAUUUAUUAAACCGAUUGCACGACCAAGUCAGAAGCUGAGCGGCCCGACAAGAAUCCACAAGUAGCAGGCACACGGAAAGAUAAAUAAUUGCACAGAUAAUUGCUAGUACUCGGUACUUGGAUCUAAAAAUAGUCGGCAACUAAACGCGGAGACAAUUGCAGGGCACUGGUGCAAAGUGGACGAACUGCCGGGCGGAAUAACGAGGAUCUAUCAAUCGCCGACUUUUUUGUUUUGGUAAAUGACCAAUGAUGGCCUACGACAUUAGCAUAGAAAUCCACAACCGCAACUGUCAGAGGACAUUGACAUCGGACGCUCGGUUUAUGCAGAUUUGAAGUCGAGCCGGGGAGAAAAAAGAACGAAGGAGGGCAACAAAUUGCAACUUUCGCGUUUCAGUGAAAAACCCAACAAUUUAACCACGCAACAUAAAUAUAUAUAAGUAAAUAUAUAUUUACAUAUAUUAACUAGCCCUAAAGCACCACUAGGUUAAGCACAGAGCAAACGAAACCAAGCGAAACGAACUAUAGACACUAGAUUCACAACCCGGAUCAGAUGAGGCAACAGUCGGUGGUGCAACAAUCGAGCGGAAAAUCAAUGAGCAGCAGGCGGAGGCACCGAAAGCCAAAGGCAAAGUCAACAGUAUCCACAACUUUAAACCGCCUGACACUUUGAAUUCCGAGGCUCGAGCAUGCAACAGGCUGGCCAGCUGACGCCGCAGCAGCAACAGCAACAGCUCCUGCAGCAGCAGCAAUUGCAGCAGCAGCAGCAGCAGCAGCAGAACGGCGGCGAUCUUGCCACCUAUGCCGUUUCGCAGGCGGCGGCCGUACCGCCCGGUAGGCGUGGCCCCAUAAGCGGCGGCCGCUUCGACUUCGAGGACGGCGGCACUUACUGCGGCGGCUGGGACGAGGGCAAGGCCCACGGCCACGGCGUCUGCACCGGACCCAAGCACCAGGGCGCCUACGCCGGCGCCUGGAACUACGGCUUCGAGGUAUCCGGAUCGUACAUUUGGCCCAGCGGAUCACACUACGAGGGUCAGUGGCAGAACGGCAGGCGGCAUGGGCUGGGCGUGGAGCAGAUCGGGCGGCAGAUCUACCGCGGCGAGUGGUCGAAGGACGGGCACAAGGGGCGCUACGGAGUGCGGGAGAGCACCGUGUCGACGGCCAAGUAUGAGGGCACCUGGAACGAGGGCUACCAGGACGGGUCCGGAUGCGAGACCUACGCGGAUGGCGGCAAAUACCAGGGUCAAUGGCAGGAGGGCAAGCGGCAUGGCUAUGGAAUUCGGACCUCGGCUCCUUUUGGAUUGGCCUCCCAUCAUCGGCGCAAAAAUCUCCACGCCUCACUGAGUUCCUUGAGGAGCGGAGAGAAUGGAAAUGCAGCCAAGAUAGUGGAAAAGGCGGAGGAAAUCCGUGGAGGAUUCGUCCUGACGGCAAAGUCCGAUAAGUUGCCAGUGCGACGAAAUAGUUUGACGGAUAAAACCGGCAAGAAGGGAUUCCUGAUGGGUCUUAAGAUGCGAAAGCAGCGUAGUACCGGCGAUCUGGAGAAGCGAGGUACCAUUGCGUCCGGCAGCAUUCGCUCCACCAUGUCCUCUGCCUCCUGGAUCAGCACCGGAUCCGAGCAGUCCAAUCUGACCACAAAGUCCAACCACACGGAGUCGAAUGCCAGCUUCACCAUGGAGGACGAGCAGCUGGACCCCACGGUGGUGGAGACGUACAUGGGCGAGUGGAAGAAGGACAAGCGCUGUGGCCAUGGAGUUGCAGAGCGCAGCGAUGGACUCAAGUACGAGGGCGAGUGGUACAACAACCGGAAGCACGGCUACGGAGUGACAACAUUUCGUGACGGGACCUCCGAGGAGGGCAAGUACAAGAACAACAUCCUGAUCACCAGCCAGAAGAAGAAGCAUUUGUUCCUGGCGCGUUCGCGCAAAAUCCGCGAUCGCAUUGCGGCCGCCUUGAAUGCGGCGCAGCGCGCCUUAAAAAUGGCCAUGCAGCGAUCGGAUAUGGCCAUAUCCCGAAUGGCCACCGCGGCGGCAAAGGCCCAGAAUGCAGAUGCUGCAGCGGAACAGGCUCGAAUGGAUUGCGAGAAUGCAGUAAGGAUGGCCAGAGAAUUUGCCCCAGACUUCAAACCCUCUGUGCUGGAGCGCUUUGAGAAGUUGCGUUUCCGCGAGCGGGAACGAUUCCGUCCGGGAACAGCGGCCACCUCCGAUGCCGCCCUCAAAAUGGGCGUGGGCAUGCAGCAACAACACACACAACAACAGCAACAGGGUCAGUUUUCGCCCACGAGCAGCAGCGGUUCGGAUGCAUAUGCCACGCAGGCCCAGCGACAGCAGCAAUAUCUGAACAUGCAGCAGCAACAGCAGCAGCAGCGUCGCAUGUCGCAGCAGAACAAGGAGUCCGAGUGCCCCGUUCCGCCGUCGAUGUACUCGCAACAGUUGCCCGUGUCGCCGCAAACGGACCUCUCCGGAAUGGUCAGCCAGGGGCAGCCGAGCCACGCCCAGGUGAUCAGCGCCAUCAAUCAGAUGUACCACCAGCAGCAGCACCAGCAGCAACAGCAGCAGCAACAGCAGCAGCAGCAGCAGCACUUGGGCCAGCAGCAACAGAGCAAUCCGCAAAUGAAUCCUGCAUAUCAGUUCCAGCAACAACAGCCGCCCGGCCAAACCAAAAUGAAUGCCAACUUGAAUACGAACCUCAAGCAGAACCAGGCAACGAAUCAGAAUCAGACACAAUUGCCCUUUGGCGCCGGCACCAAUCAGCCGACGUCGCAGCAACAACAGCAACAGCAGCAUCAGCAGCAACUCCUGCAGCAGCAGCAGCAACUCCAGCAGCAGCAGCAACAACAGCAGCAGCAACUGCUGCAGCAACAGCAGCAACAACAGCAACUGUUGCAACAGCAGCAACUGCUGCAGCAGCAGCAACUCCAGCAGCAACCUUCGCUGCACGCCUCGCCCUCGCACAAUGCCGCCAAUCUGUUGCGCCGCGCCUCGCAGAUGCAACAGCAGCAGCUGCAGGAGGCAGCCAGUGCCGCAGCAAUGGCCGCCAAUGCCGCCGCCAUGGCCGCCGUGCAACAGCAGCAGCGCAGCGGCCGACCGCCGAUGUUGGGCCAAAUGGGACAGCAGUCCUCGAUCGAUCACUUCGAUCACUACAAGAGGCCGCCGAGUCGCGAUUCCUCCAUCGAUCGAUAUGCUCGAGCGGCCAGUCGGUUGAGCGGUACCUUCGCCGGUUCACGGCAAACAUCUCUGGAUCGCUCUGGACUCGCAGAUCCGCUGACCAAUGGAGGCAGCGGAGGAGCAGGCGGUACCAGUACCCCCGAUGGUCGCCAGCGAGCGGGUUCAGUAUUCCGCGGAUCGACGCCGCAACCCGGCGGCGGCGGAGCAACGGGACCGCUGACCGGCAACGGAUCGCUGCCCUCGGGAACGGGAGCGGCAAGCGGAGGCGGACGUCUCUCGCGAGCGGGAACCCCCAGCUUGGGAGUGGGCGGAAGGGCGCCCAGCCAGGGAAAGGGUGAGCCGCUCUUCUCGUCGCCCAAUCAGCCCUUCGAGGACGUCCUGCUGCGCCAGCGGACGCUCGGCCAGGACAUCAUUCCCUCGCCCUUGCAGCCGAAGCGCACGGAGAGCCUCUAUCUGCCGGCCAAGCCGGCCACCCCGGUGGGCAUGGCCAUGGGCGGCAAGGGGGGCGGUGGCGGAGGCGGUGGCGGAGGCAAGAAAAUGAAGUCGGUGCCCAUCAAUGUGACGCUGCAGCGGAAAAAGUCGAUGCCGGAUUUCCAGGAGCUGCCGCGUGCCACGGAGGCCAUGAGCCGGGAGGAGGUGUCCGCCUUGGGCUCCGCUCGCCGGGAGGCAGUGCGUCGCCAAAUUGAGGUCAACGAGCGCCUCAAGGCCAAUCCCUUGCUGUAUUUGGUCAGUCCACAGGUUAAGGACUGGUUUGUGCGACAGCAGCUGAUGCUGCUCGUCCUGAUUUUCAACGUCGCGCUGGCGCUGCUGUUCGUGUACAUGCUCACCUAGCGGCGAAGGAUGCACAGGACGACGCGGGACAGGGGCGAUUCGGGAUUCGGGUUGGGCGAUUCGGGCCAGCGGCUGGCUUUGAGCCAUCGAGGUUUUGGCCACCACCGAUAGUCCGCGAUUCGCCGUUUCGUGGACAUUGUGCCACAAAAAGUGACGAUGGGUGCAUCGGGGUGAGAUGAGAGCUAAUAGGUUUUUAGCAUUUGCAGUAAACAGUUUAUAAAGGAAGUUAAGUAUCUAAAGUACCAUUAAUGUAUAUCAUAUGUAUAACAUGAGGAAAAAAACACGCUAAUGAUGGGAAAAGGAAAUCGAAAUAAAAGUCUAGACUGCAGCCAAAUAAUGGAUAAUUAAAUUAACUCAUAGCGCAGAACUGCAAUGCACAAAUCGUAGCAAACUAAUUACUUAAACCGCGUGGCUGUGCAGCCAAUCAUUUAAUUUGUCGAGCCAAUUAAACUUUGUAUUUGUGGCUAACCAGGAGAGCUGGAGAGGAGACCGAAUAACUAUAUGCAAAUCAAUUUAACGAAUUUUUCUACACAUUUAAUGUAAAGGUAAAGGCAACAAAAACAAAAAACAAAACAAAACAAAACAAACAAACAACCAAACAAACAAAACACCCUAACCUAAUCAAUGUUUAAUCAUGAUUAAUAAACGCGUAAUUUACUUAAACUCUGGCUACUUAAUGUAAUACAUAAUACAAAUGCAAAACUAGUCAAAUGCAAGGCAACCAAAAAUAAAACAUAAAAACCAAGAAACUUUUCCUAUUUGCAAUUGAAAAUGCAUUAGUCAGCAACUUAAUCAAAAGAAAAGGCAACCGAAUAAUACAAGUACUCAUAUUUAUAUAUAUAUUAAAAGUGUAACGAUGUGACACCUAUAUUUGUAUAAUUAGCAAAAUUUUGUGGGACCGAAAACAGAAAAAACAACAAAAGGAGCAACUACAAGAUACAGAUAGAUAUCAAGUAUCUCGAGCUCGAGUUUUUGGUUAACCAGUUGAACAUUUUCGAAACUAAAUUAAAUUCGAGAAGGUUGAAGCGGAUUUACGGAAUCUGGAAAAAUUAUAUACUUUAAAGCAAACGGAUCGAGAUUGUUAAUGAGCGAAGCUGUAUAUAUACAUUUUAAAAUAUCGUAUAACUAUAAUUAUUUUCUUCUCGAUAAUUUACGUUUAAAUUCAUAGCUGGGACGACGUCAUUAUUUCAAAGUGUUGCAAUUUAUUGUUUUUAGUUUCACUUCAUUUACGAUGUACGAAUAUGUUCUAAAUAUUAUUAUUUAAUUUUUUAUUUGUUAUUUUAUAUGCAUACAUUAUUGAAAAUAAAUAAAACCGCACAUUCGCAUCUUUGCAAGUGUA